CUUACAACAAAAAAAAAAAAAAAAACAUUUUCAAAUGUGGAUGACAAUUUUCCAUUUAGUGCGUGAUUUUGGAAUAUGUGGCUAAAACUCAUAACAUGGCUAACGUUGCUCCAGCUAUUAGCUGGCGCACUUAGCCAGGAGCUCAAAAUCUUUGGUGGAGUAACGGAGCCUGUUCGGAACUACCCAUUUCUGGUGAAUUUGCGACGAGGUCCGAAAUUUAAAUGCGGCGGUGUUCUCAUUGCGCCCAGCUGUGUGGUCACAGCCGCACAUUGUCUGGAAGAUAGUGUGCAAAAUGUCGAUGAUUUAUAUGUAAAUGCCCAACAAGACUGCCUAAAUGAUUCAAUUCCAGAUUCGAAUGUACGUCAGGCCUGGUAUGCUUGUAUAUCUCCAGAAUAUAAGCCAAUGAAUUUCGAUGCGGAUCUGGCAGUCAUCAAGCUGCGUCAGCCAUUUAACACGUCAGAUAUUAUAAACACCGUUGCCGUUGAUUUCAACGAUCCGCCGGAAGAUGCACGUAUGAGAAUUGUUGGCUGGGGCAUGACCAACAACGAGGUUCAAAAUUGGGGGCAAUGCUUGCAAUCAGCCGAUGUCAGUCUGGUGCGGCGAGAUCAAUGCAAUCGCCUGAUGAGCUUUAUAAGUCCAAUAACGAAAAAUAUGUUCUGUGCUUUGGGUGAAAAUAAGAUUGAUGCCUGCCGUGGCGAUUCCGGAAGUCCCAUUCUGUAUGGAGGUCGUGUUGUGGGUGUAGUAUCCUGGGGCAAAGACUGUGGCAGCGGGCUACCUGGCGUCUACACACGCUUUAGCAGUUCAUCAAUGAUGUGGUUCCUUCAAAGCUUCAUAGAGACAAACUGCUUGGACAAGAUCUGAAUUUUUAAAGUAUUUUACAUUAAAAAACUAUUAUUUU